CAACACUUAAGUGUCGACAAGCACCCUAGCCUGCUUAGCUCAUCUUCAUCGCUUCGUUGCCCAACCAUAUCGCAUAACACUGCCAAGUCACUAUUAGACGCGCGCCACUCCAACUCUAAUCUAAGCGCCAUGGCUCAACCCCAACCUCCACCAGAUAAGCAAAAUAUCAGGCUCGGCGAUUUCGAGUACUUGUUCCAUUUUCCCACACAUAUUCGAGACUAUUACAAGCUCGAGCACGUGUUGGAACCCGCGGAAUCGAAUCCGAUAGCUGAAGGAAAGGAAUCUGCUCCUUCCAAGAAGACAGAUGACGGAACAAAGGCACCGAAUAACGCCAACUAUCGAGCCCGCCGCAAAUUAAGACAUUUGACUAACGGCAUGGCUGAACCGCGGGUUCGACUUACUCGUCAUCAAGGCCAGCUGAACUUUGGGAAUGAAUUACGCCACCUCCUACACGCGUACGGGGACCCAACCCCGCACCCCUCUUACCCCCAGGAACCCCUCCCAGAAACCCUGCGCGUCCUCGACGAGAUCGUGACAGACUUCAUAAUCGAAACCUGCCACUCCGCCGCACAAUGCGCCACAUACUCCCGCCGUCAGAAAAUCAAAGUGGACGACUUCCGCUUCGCACUCCGCCGUGACCCCGUCAAACUAGGCCGUGUGCAGGAACUGUUCCGCAUCGAGCGCGAGCUCAAAGAGGCCAGGAGAGCUUUUGACCAGAACGAUGACCAGGUCGGGGCUAGUGGGAAGAAGGGGCUGGAGGAAUUGGCUGAGCCGGUUGCUGAUGGUGGAGAUGGGUCUGUGGCUGGAGGGACGGGGACUGGAACGGGGACAACGGUAGGGAAGAAAGGAAAGGGGAAGGCUUUGUCUGUUAAGGCUACGGGGAAGAGAGGGGCGGAUUCGGUUUCUGACGGGGACCUGUCGAAGAAGCGGAGAAGUGCUGGGGGCUCCGUUGCUUAAUGUGACGCGUUGGAUUAGGAGGUGAAAAGGUUCAUUUUCCUUACUCGAUUAGGCUAUUUAGAUGCCGCUGUGUUUACAUUGCAUUGCGAUGGCGUUUGGGAACAAUGAUUGGAUUUCACUCGUAUCAGAUUGCUAGGUUGACAAGCAACCAGAAUGGUAGCAAGAGUUCAAUCACUCUUGAUAUCUUUGAUUACGUGUGCAACUCAAACGCGCCUUGGUGGGUGAUAAAAUUAAGUCUAAUUUAAGAUUCUAUACCACAUCAUUCAUUGACAUGUCGCACUCGCUUUUCCACAGUAGACACGAUAUCCCGAUAUGACAAAAGAAAACAGUCUACAUACGUUUCAUCGCGUCAUGUCCGCAUACUAAGACAAUACCCUUUUGCCGUCUUCUGAAUAAACCAGCAAAAGUCGCAAAAGAAGAUCAUGAAGGAUAAGGAACAGGAAGGAUGAAAAAAGAAAUGAAAAAUGGAUUCCAAUAAAACGACUCCAAUGACGCCUUGCUUUUGCCCCAACCCGAGCAACACUGCAAUGGUGUGGUAAAAAUCAGGGGCAAAGUCAUAUCCGCCGACUACAUCCCGAGGAAGAGAAAACUAGGAAUGUACUCUUGAUGCAUGGAUGAACCAUUGGACGCAGGUUGGUAUUUGUUUUAGUUGCAAUUUGCAUAUUGCGAAAAUUGCAUGUAUCAAAAAUUCCCUUCAUGCUUCGACUCCACCGCGGUCUUGAUUUCGUUGCUGGCCACCCCGUCCCCGACCGCCUCCGCGGCCGCCUCGCUGUCCUCCUGCUUCUCCUGAGCCGCCUGCAGCAGCAGUUCCCGCACCCUCGCCACCGAGGGUUAGUUGGGCAGUUGCUAAUCGGUUGGAAAGUUCCAUUUGUGUGCGGAUGGUGUUGGCAAGGUAGGAAACCACCAGGACAUCUUGGAUGUGGUUAUUACUGCGAACACAGGUAAGUUAAUGUUAAUGUAUUCGAACAACGAAUGUACAAUUCGGCAAGGGGAGAAAGAAAAAAAAAAAAAAAAAAAAAAAAA